ACUAUUAUAACGAUUGUGUAACAGGUUUUUCCACGUUGUAAGUUGAAUAAAUCUUGAUGGCUUUUUUAUUACGUCGUGUUUGCAGCAAGGCUGUACCUGCUGCAUACUCCCAAAUAUCAGGAAAUAAGUGCACUGGGACAGUUGGAUUUAUUGGUCUUGGUAACAUGGGAGGCCCCAUGGCAAUGAACUUACUGAAGAGUGGUCAUAAAGUUGUUGCAUUUGAUGUCAUUGAAGCAUCAACCAAGCCAAUAGUAGAGGCUGGGGGACAGAUAGUAAGUUCGCCAUCUGAAGUUGCAAAACAUUCAACACAAAUUAUAACCAUGCUGCCGAACAGUUCACACGUGCAGGAGGUUUAUCUGGGCAGUGAAGGAAUUUUACAAUCUGUACAAGCUGGCAGUAUUUUGAUUGACAGCUCAACCAUUGACCCAGCCGUGUCACAGAAUGUUGCAAAACAAUCAGAGUUAAAAUCUGCAACCUACCUUGAUGCUCCUGUCUCUGGGGGAGUUGGAGCAGCACAAGCUGCUACAUUAACAUUCAUGGUGGGUGGAGAGAAAGAAGAUUUUGAAACAGCUUCCCACAUACUUAACCAUGUAGGCAAGAAUGUUGUCCACUGUGGUGGUGUGGGCACUGGACAAGCUGCCAAGAUCUGCAACAACAUGUUACUUGCUAUUUCUAUGAUUGGAGUAUCCGAGUCAAUGAAUCUUGGAAUAAAGUUAGGUUUGAAUCCCAAAAUAUUGGCCGGUAUAAUCAACACCUCAAGUGGACGGUGUUGGUCAUCUGAUACUUACAACCCUGUACCUGGUGUUCUACCUAAUGUACCUUCAAGUAAUAACUACCAGGGUGGUUUUGGUACAGCACUCAUGACUAAGGAUCUUGGGUUGUCCCAGCAAGCAGCCAGUGCCACCAACUCCCUGACUCCAAUGGGAGCAUCAGCAUUACAGAUGUAUCGCAUGCUGUGUGAAAAAGGGUUCGGAGAAAAAGAUUUUUCAUCAGUUUUUAAGUUUUUGAGUGAAAAUGAUAAAUAAUGAGUUUAUAUACAGUGCAACUAUAAAUGUUACCAAUCUUUGAGGUUCAUAUAACUAACCUACCACCCCUGAUUGCCAUAAAAAAAACUUUGUGCAAAUGCUAUUUAAAUUAUUUUUAAAUGAAUGUGUUUAUAAUUAUUCCAAAACAUAUUUUUACAUUUUGCCAUAAUGUCUUCCCAAUGUUUCAUUUCAAAAAAACAGUUCACAAAUUUGCAAAACUUUAAUAGCUUAUUAUUUACCUUUGCUUGUUACUAUAUUUUACCUGUGGUGUGUUGACAUAACGUUCCUGCAUCCCAAGACACAAACUAUGGCCCAAUAUUUUAACAUUCAGAAAAUGCACUUAAUAUUUCAUGUUGCUUUACCACAAUGUUUAUUUUUCGGGAUUUUUUAAACUUUUGGGAAAACAACUGCCUUAAACUGGUUAAAGUAUAUCAUUUCAUAGUUCUACUCAACAGAACACAUCUGGAACUUUUUUAGAAGUUCUUGUUAUUUAUUUAAGAUUUAAGACAACUAAGACAUCUUAAACUGUUUGAGAAGCUCUGAUUUAUAUUUCAAAAUAUUUUUCGAAUCAUGUUUUGGUACAACUUUGUUGUUGUGUUUUGUAUUAUCAGGAAUAAACAGAAUGAUGCAUUAAA